CUAAAACUACUACUACAGUAGCUCACAAGUCAUUACAUGCGUAAUACUUAUAGUGUUCAUAAUUCUCCUUGAAAGGACCACAAUUGAAGAUAUUGAUCAGGAAAAUGAGCUGGUCUGGAGGAGAUUGGAUGUGUGGUGUUUGUGAGCAUAUAAAUUUCAAAAAGAGGGAAGCAUGCCAGAGCUGUGGAUACCCCAAGUAUGGGGGACCUGACCCUUCAACCUACAGAUACAAAAAGACUGAAGCUUUGGCAGGGGACUGGUUCUGCAACUGUGGAGGUCAUAACUAUGCCGGUAGAUCAAGGUGCUAUAAAUGUGGUGCAGUCAAAGAUCAUUACUCUUCAGUAUAUGGCAGCAACUCUGGAGAAUAUGGAUCUCACACUUUCCCCCCAGGAUGGAAGAAUGGAGACUGGCUUUGCACAAGAAUUGGCUGUGGAGGGCAUAAUUAUGCUAGCAGGGAAGAAUGCUUUAAAUGCAAAAUGCCUAGGGAUUUUGACUAAAGGAAGAAAUUUCAGAUGAACAGCAAUAUGGAUGAUUACCCUCAACUUUCUUCUUCAAACGACAUUCUAUGAUAAAUCAUUGAUCAAGGCCCUCUGGAAAUAGUCAUAGAAUUGCUUUUUCAUUAGGAUAAAAUAAGAUGUUAUGUCAUAUUGCUUCUAAUUACUAGCUGUAGUUUAAGGUAGUUUAUGAAAACCAUAUUGUUUUCCAUAUUCUACUUAUAAAAAAAUUGUGUAGGAGCAUCUAUUUAAUUGAGUUCCUUAUGUCAUGCUGUUCCAAAUAAAAUUUUGCAUAACAAGACACCAAGUCAUAGUCAGACCUUCAG